ACAAACAUGGCAGGCAUGUGUGCGCAAGGUGAAUUUUGAAUGACUCAUGCCCUGUGCGGUGGUACUUGUGAGAUCCCGUGUGUAUAAAAAAAAUCGGAGUAAAAUCCCCGCACAAUUAACGUCCGAACUGUCUUCUGUGACCUUACGAGGUACAACCUUCUUUUCUGGCAUCCUAGAUGUGCUCUUGCGUCGUGCCCGUAAGAUGCGGAUAAGCAUGCAAACACAAGAUCGCCGCCGAAAAGUCAGCAUGGAGGUUCCCUGAAUGAACAAGAUGCCUCUGCAACAGAAACCCGGCCUGAUGGGUGUUUCUAAUGCGAAAGAAGACAGAGGAACGCUUCAUAUUAAAACUGAAGUGGAGCCACUUGCAAGUAAUUGAAAUCAAAUUUUUCGACCUCUGAAAAUGACAUCAUUGCCUGAAAGAAGAAGCAAGACCUUGCGCAGCUCGCUGCCAGCCACGUAAGUGAUAGUAUAUAAGAGACGAGGUUGCAAGGCGCCAUGGAGGAGAAGCGUGUGGCAGACUACUUUGUGGUGGCCGGGCUUCCUGCCAACCCACGGCCCCUCGAAGAGGACUGCGUAGCGAUGCAGUCAUCUGGGGCAAGCUACGGGUCUAUGCCCGUGACGGACAUUGCCGUGAUUGUGCGCACCGAGGGCGAGACACCGCCGCCCGGAUUCGAAUGCAUCGAACAGACUCCGAUGGGAUUCCCGGCCGACCUAAACCAUGGUAGCCUUAGGAGUCCCAGCAUAUACCUCUGCUACCGCCGAGGAAGGGACAAACCUCCGCUUGUGGACAUUGGGGUCCUGUACGAAAACAAGCAGCGUGUCAUGGCUGACAGUGAGAUUCUCAAGAAAACACCUUAUGGGAGGCCAGCGAAUGUGAACAACAGUGGCUCUCGAACAUUCCUAACUUUUCGCAGGGCCUCUGAAAAUGCCCCAUGCAAUCAGCUGGUUGUCACCGACCUUUGUGUCAUUCUCGCCAACAAGGGUGAGACACCUCCCCAUGCAUACUGUAAGAUUGACCGCAAUCUUAAUAAAGGCAUGGUUGGCUCAGAUGUUUUUCUCUGUUACAAGAAGUCCAUGAACAGGCCUAGUCUCAUUUGCUACGAGCCAGCUGUCCUGGAGCGGUUCCCACGGGAAGACUACACCAGCUUUCCUCUGCCCGAACAAGUGGCUCUCUUCUGCCUUCCCAUGGGUGCCACCAUCGAGGCCUGGCCCAAGAAGGCCAGUCAGCCCAGACCAACGUUUUCCACCUUUGUGCUAACCCUUGGGUCUGCCGACAAGGUGUAUGGUGCGUCCAUCACUUUCUACGAACGUUUUCCCGAGGAGCAGCUGACCGAUGCUCAAAGAGCCCAGCUCAGCAGCAGCAACAGGUCAGGCCAGCCCCAGCCAACUGAGGAAGAGGUCUUCUCGGCCAACAAAUCCAUCUGUUUGCUUUCACACUGGCCCUUCUUUCGCACCUUCGAAAAGUUCCUGCGCUUCCUCUACCGGCUGUCGUUUGUCAAGAACCCCCGAGUUUCAGUGGAAAGGUACAUUUCUCAUUUUAUGUUGGAUAUCCCAUUUCCUUCUGUACAACGACCGAGGAUAUGGAUACAGCUGGAAGACGAUCAUAUUUCGCUUUCCCAACUGGAAGACACUCCACUUCCACUCAGUGGUGCAUCCUUCCGGGAGUUUUUGAAGACACUAGCUCCCGACAACUGCCUAUGUGUUCUGCUUUUGGCGCUGACUGAGCAGAAGAUGCUGUUUCACUCCCUGCGGCCGGAUGUGCUUACCAGUGUGGCCGAAGCCUUGGUGGCAUUGAUGUUCCCAUUCCAUUGGCAAUGCCCUUACAUCCCACUGUGUCCAUUGGGCCUCUCUGAUGUACUUAGCGCUCCACUACCUUUUAUUGUUGGUGUGGAUUCAAGGUACUUUGACAUGUAUGAGCCCCCGCUAGAAGUGGCCUGUAUUGAUCUCGAUACCAACACCAUCUUCAUUAAUGAAGAAAAAAGUUUCCUCACUGCAAAGCUUCUACCCAAGAAAGCAGCAAGAACAUUACGUGGAAACCUGCAGUCAUUGUAUGAGAAGGUUUGCAUGUAUGAAAGCAAUGUGGCCAGCAUCGCAGCAGCUGCUGCACAGAACCCAACAACAGCCGGUGGUGCCCUGGGGCCUUUUGACCGAGAAAUUGGACUCCACAGGAAAGAGCGUCGAUUGGAGCUGGAAAUCCAAGAGGCAUUUUUAAGGUUUAUGGCGGCCAUUCUGAAAGACUUUGGUUCUUACUUGCGACCCAUCACUACAGCUCCAAAGCCAGGCGUAACUGACCCAAAUUCACUCUUCGACAUCAAUGGAUUCUUGAAAAGCAGAGACAGAGCGUACCAUCGUUUCUAUCAACUGAUGAUGCACACCCAGAUGUUCACCCGUUUCAUUGAAGAGCGCUCAUUCGUCUCGGACAAAGAUGUCAGCUUGGCUUUCUUUGAUGAAUGUACAGAAAGGGUCGAUGCUGCUGGUGAAUCUGCAGAGCAUCUGCUUUUAGAGGUGGCAGGAUCCAUGCAAAGCCACGAGCACACAGUGUUCAUCUCGGCACCUGAACCCCCACUGGUGGAUGGCCUGAAUGGGAGCCCUGGCACAUUUGGUGCUCUCAACCCAGCCCUGUUUCACCGGCAGCCCGCUAUGUCACUGCUGCGAGUGGUGCCUGAGUGCCAACCAUCUGCGAGCCCCGUUGCUCGGCGCACGAAGCAGGAGGUCAAGUCUGCUCUACGAGCUGCCCGGAUACAAGCUGAAUGUCCUGUUAGCUGGGCUAAGUGUCUCGCUGGCACAAGCUACAGUGUCUGGUUCAUGCACCUACCGGCUUACACCAAGACCUUUGCAUCCAAAGCCAAGGCCUUACGUGUAGCCGAUGAAGUUCUGCAACGCAUGCAGCAAUUGAAGUUACCAGCUCCUGAUGAGGUCUCUUAUCGUAUCCUUAUGCUGCUUUGUGGCCAAUAUGGUCAGCCGGCUCUAGCUGUCAAGAUCCUUUUCGACAUGAAGAAGCAUGGUGUUCAAGCUAAUGCGAUUACUUAUGGUUACUACAACAAGGCUGUUUUGGAGUGUGCCUGGCCCACAGGGGACAGUGCUCAUUGGGCCAAGCUGCGCAACGUUGUCCUUGCUGUGUCGCAGUUCAAGCGUGCGCUGCGGCGAUCUCAGGGUUCCCUAGGCUGCACAGUGCCUGACGCCCCGCGUAGUGUGGGCAGCAGCCGCACCAGUCUUGAGGAGACCCUGAGGCCCCAGCUUGACCCAAUGGCUGUGACUCCAGAGCUGCUGCCUGAGCUGCUCACCAAGACAGAUGACCGAUCCAGCUCUGAUGCGGUGGCCAAGCCAAGGGUUCACACUACUGCAGGAGGCCAGUCAGAUGCAGGUUACGGCUCUACCAGCCAGGAUGAGACAGCCAAAGCAUCAUGGCAGGAGCUGUCAGCCAUACCUCAGCCAAGCAAAGAGAGAAUAGCUCCCCAGCGGAGGCAAAGGAGAAGUGGUGCUGUGGUCCAGAGCAUGCGCUUUGAGGAGCUGGACUUCACCGAGUCAGAUAAAUUCCGGAACCGGGUCAACAGCCUAAUCCGUGGUUCAGUUGGAGCUCUUGGAAGUGCAUCAUCGUUGACAGAUGCCAUAGUGCCUUCUGCGGGGGUCCUGAUUACGAGUGAAGCCAUGCGGCAGAAUGCCUUCCUGCGUAGCAAUGGAGGCGUUAUGGUUGACAGGCUGCAAAAUGGUCGGCGGCGCUACCACAGCGCGAGUGACCGUGCCAACCAGCAGAGGCCCACUAACAUGAGGAGAAACCUGCGUGUACUUGGCAGGUCUUGGACGCUCGGCGGGGAGGAAACUGCCCUGGGACAGGGAGACUCUCACCUGGCAGCCCUUGCGGAAACACCAGUCAGCUCGGACGCACUUGCCGAGAGCCCCCUUGCCAAGGAACCACAGGAAGAAGAUCGCACUGUCAGCCCUGCUCCAGAUGCCCCAAGCAGCCGCUCUUCGGAUGUCGUCACACCACCCCGGUCCGCACCGCGACCAGCCCAGAUGCAUCGCUUCUCAACUGGUGGGUCACCGGCGAAUCUGGCUCGCACCCUGGAGCAGUCGAAGGAGUUCAUCAGUUCUACGCUGAGCCCCCUGAGAGAUGCCUGGCAGCAGAUAGACCUGUCAGGGGCAGCUGCCUCCAUCUCUUCCACACUGGGGCUUAAGAGCCGCAAGUUCUCCUUAGGCUCAAAGAUGGCGUCUGUGACAAGAAGCUCCACCUUCCACUCUAACCACAAGUCCAGCUCAGCGCGGUCAUCACCUGCAAGGUCAUCGUCUCAGAUGGAGUCCCUUGUGGAACAGGAUGCACCGCCUGCAUCACCAAGCCCAAGGGCCACAAUGCCGCUGGAGUCCACCGUGGUGGUUGACGGUCCUGCUUUGUCUACUCCACGAGGCUUGUCGAGAUCGUCUACUUUGCCUUACUCUCCUGGCCGUCGCUACUCUCCUCAGUGCCCUCCGACAUCUCGAGAGGCCCCUCCUUUGACCAGUGGCCAGUCACCGCAGUCAUCCACUUUUGGCCUGUCACGGUUGUCUAGUCGUCAUUCAGAGUAUCUGGUUGACAGCCUCCGCCUUGCUGCCAACUCAAUGGCCUCCAAGUUCACUGAGAUAAAGCAAUCACUUUCGGCCUCCAACACACCCACCAGAGGUUCCUCAUACUCCUUGCCUCGGGGCUAUGAGCACCUGCUGUUGGAAGAUGAUGACCAAGAGAGCUCGCUAUCACUCGAAUCUAGCCGCCGUGCAAGCAUGGAUCUUUUGAUGGGGCACGGUGGAGAAGAAAACAUUGAGGAGCUUGCUUCUGAAGACAGCUUGCUUAUAGCAGAUAGUGCAAUAGCUGGUACUCCCGUCGCCGGUUCUUCACUGCUACGUUCUGUGGAACCUGCUGAGGUGUCUGUGCCGACCGCAAGUGGUGGCAGUACCAGUCGUGUGGCACUAGAGGUGUCUAUCACUUCUUGCUCCCAGUGCAACACAUGCAAAUCCGUGCUGUAUGAUGAAGAGAUUAUGGACGGCUGGACAGCGGACGACUCAAACCUCAACACCAGGUGCUACUUCUGCAAUGGAACGGUAGUUCCUCUUCUGACUGUGAACAUCAAGGACUAUCGGGUGGAGGAUUCGCCUGUGGGUGGCAGCCUGGCACCUUCCACGGAGAGCCUGCCCAGUGCUGCAGGCCUGUCCUCCCGUCUCAGCCCGGAGCGCAGUCCGCUGGCCAAAGGGCCACAUCCCGAGUCUGCAGCAGGGCGUGCCGUCACACCCGACAGUCGGGGUGCUGACUUUCAUGCCAGCAGGCCAGAUAGCAUAGACAGUGGCAACGAUGGCUUCCUGCUGCUCGAAGAGAGCCCAGACGCUGCAGAUGGUCCAAGGGUGGGUGACUCGUGUCCCGAAUCUCCUUUGGGCAGCCCACCAGGUCAGGCAGGAGCCUCGUACCUGGCCAGUCCAACUAGCCGUGCAUUGUCAGCUCCUGUCGACAUCCCUUUGGCUACAGCCAACGAAAGCCUCAUGGUGGCAUCUCCAUCGUCUGGUUCUAAUGAGACGAGUGACCGUGCAGAGCAUCGUACUCGCCGUGUCACUGUUGGGGAUGCCCCUCUUGGCUUACGGACUGCAGCAGGCCGCAUGGGAUCAUCUGAACUGCUGCUUGAUCCACAGUCUGCUGCCAGUGCUACGCCCUUAUUCAAGUUGGGUUCAGCAAGUCCGUCCCGGGUGAGCCUGUCUCUGGGGCCAUCCGUGAUCCUGGAUCCAAUGACGGUGCCGUACCUGAGCCCUCUGGUGCUUCGCAAGGAAGUGGAGAACCUGCUGGAACACGAGGGCGACGACUGCCUUCUAAGUGCUGGUUUUGUUGACCACCACCCCAUACUGUACUGGAACCUGAUUUGGUACUUUAAACGGCUUAGUUUACCAAGCCAUCUAUCGGAACUGUGCCUGCAAGCUGUUUCUCUCCUCAGGGAUCGCCAGGUCCCUGAGCAAUGGCAGUCUCUUGAACGGAAGAUGGUGGUGAUCAGCUGCUGCUGGGACAAUCCCAGGCUGCAUAACAACAUGGUACCAUACAUGUACACGCAGCUUGGCAAAAACAACAUGUCCUCCUUGGUGCAAUCACUGGUCACGGAGGACAACAAACCUACGAAAAGCCUGCGGGAACGAGUGCUGAGUUGUGUGCAGCAGAGCAAUGUGCGUGAGGCGGUGGAGCUGCUGGUGAGAGAGAGGCACAAGGCACGCAGCCAGCAGCGCCGGCCCAGUCUCUAUCGCGAUGUUCUCUUCCUGUCCUUGGCCACCCUUGGCAAGGAUGCUCUCAACCAGAAUUUGUUCUACCGUGACUAUGUCAAAAUUUACGAAGAACUGGCAGCCAAACGUUCUGCAUUGUUCAAGUGCGACAAGUACCCGUCAGUGCGUGCCAUGCUUUGCCGCAAGUACUUCAGGGACUUGGAGUUGAAGCCGUCCUCUUCCACUUGAUGCUGUGAAUGUUCACAUUGACUCUGAACAAGUGGUAUGCUGUGUUUGCACCAUACACUCAAUCUAACGGAAGAGGUGUCGCUUCACUCUUCGGCUCCGUCAUGGUUUGACGCCGAAGAGCUUACGAUCAAGACAGUGCAGCGGAUUGUUGUUGAAAUUGUGAGAACACUGUUGCAUUUGUUUCUCUUAGCAAAUGUAGUCCACUUACAAGAGUGCUACGCCUUCUUGAGCGAUGUUAAAUAGCCUAUAUCAAAUAAUUUACAAAAGCAGUGCAUUGUCUUAUUUAUACACUAAUGUGUGGUUUGAUGAUAUAGUUGACCCACCGUUGUUAAUUUUUUGUGCAUGGCAUUGUAUAGACAUACAACAAUUUUUAAGCGAUAAAGAAAAAAAACUCAUCAAAAUGUGCCACAAAAAGCUGAAGCAAUGAUCCAGCUAGUUCAGAGUCAGGCCUUCAGAAAUGCCCCCAUAAACUUUGUAGGUGUGAUUAAUGAGUGUAUAACUGCUUUGUUAUUGCCAUGCUCCCUUCAGCUAGGGUUUUUUUUUUUUUUACUAAUAAAGAUGUCAUGUUCAAUCGUGUAUACUAAUUCUGUAAGCACUUGACUAGGUUUUUCUCUUAGGCACAGGCAUUCAUGUCAUGCUCACUCAUAAAAUUGCAGCAAAAAAAAAAAUAAAGGCUGGGGCCCUAUUUAGUAACAAUUUCGUUGUUUUUUUCUCUCGUUAUGCUUUCGUCAUCAUCACUGGAACAUAUGCCACCAUUAUAUUGCUUGCAUCGUCUCACUGGCAUAAGAAAUGAUGGAUGAUGAAAAAGCUGAACAGUAGGAAAAUGAUUGUUACUAAUUGUGGCCCCAUUCACCGUUCUUCGUGAAACUUGUCAUGCUUACAUGCUGCAUUCUCAUUUCAUGUAAUCGGGCUGUACUUCAACAUCUUUUCAGCCAUUGGUGUUGGGCAGCUGCCAUAGAUGGUAGCAGCAACUCAUUGUGUGCAAUGUGCUCUUACCCGAGUGUCUCCUGCUUGUUUAAAGUGAAUUUAAUACGCAUGUGUGCCGUUGUUGUUGUUGAACUGGCGCACUUGUCUUCAUCCAACCACUGUUGAAAUCACUCUGCUCAUGCGUACGCCAACAUGCAUGCGGUAACCAUCAUGCCAGCACACACAGUGACUGCUUAGAAGUUGCAGCUACACUUGUAUGAUAACACACUGUACACUACAUUGCAACUAUACAUGCAUAUAUUAUAUAUAUAUACAUAUAUAUUAUAUAUAUAUAUAUACUGAUAUGUUUUUUUAUGAAGUUUAGUAAAAGGGUUAUGGAAGAUGUGGUCUUUCUGCUUUUUGCAAGACCUGUGACAGGGUCUUGGAAAUCAUAACUGGCCCAUGAAAUGUCACAUAGGUGACAUAUUGUUUCAUAACAUUGUUUGUUUGUGUUGUGUUUGUUACAGUGUACUGUGUCAUAUUUUGUCAUUGGUACAGUAGAAAUUUGUUAUGUCAUGUUUCUUAAAUCAAGGGUCAAAUGCAUAUCAGCACGUAAAACUUAUGUGAACUUCAUCUUCAUUUAAUUUCAGUGUUUUAGGUGGACUGAUAUUAUUAUACCAUAUUUUGAUGCAGCAUGACAAUCCAAAAUGCAAAGGCAAACAUAGUUAAACGUAACAUUUUCAGCUGUAUGGACUGGUAGAAACAUACGACUGUUUUACCUCCCUUGCCAUGUGCAGUGUGAUUCAUCGUAGUUCUAUUAUUCUAAUGUAACUCUAAAUGUUUUCAGUAGUUAUACACUCAAACCUCAUUAUAACAAAAUUGCAUCUUACUAGAAAAUAAGUUUGUAAUAUAAAAAAAUUCUUUAUAAAGGUUAUUCAUAAUACUG